UGGAGGUGUGGCUGUAUGGCUGUGGGCGAGGCCAGCACCGGAGAGGCGGCGGCCGCGGGCGGGGCCUGCGCGGCGGAGGCGGAUCCAGAGGGCGGGGGCUGCGGGAGCCGUGCGCUGACGGUGCGCGGGGAGCUGGCGGCAGCGAUGCUCAACUGCUGGGAAGCCGCGCUGGGCGCCGCCGUCUCCGUCCCCGUGCUUCUUUUCGUGGCAGCGCCCUACAUCAGGCGGUAUGUCGCUGGAGGACGGUGUAAGUCGACAGCAAGGCUGGAGGGGAAGGUGGUGAUAAUCACAGGAGCCAACACAGGCAUCGGGAAAGAGACCGCCAGAGACCUCGCGCAAAGAGGUGCGAGAGUAAUUAUUGCCUGCAGAGACAUUGCAAAGGCAGAAGCUGCAGCCAGUGAAAUCCGAGCUGAGACAGGGAACCAGCAAGUCAUUGUGAAAAAGCUGGACUUGGCUGACACAAAGUCCAUCCGGGAGUUUGCUGAGAAAUUUCUAGCAGAGGAGAAGGAACUCCAUAUUCUCAUUAAUAAUGCUGGGGUAAUGUUAUGCCCUUACUCCAAGACUGCUGAUGGCUUUGAGAUGCAUCUGGGAGUCAAUCAUCUUGGUCACUUUCUGCUGACUUUCCUCUUGCUGGAGCGGCUGAAGCAGUGUGCCCCAGCCCGCAUCGUGAACGUGUCCUCGCUGGCUCAUCAUGGAGGCAGGAUCCGCUUCCAUGACCUCCAGGGCGAGAAGUGCUACAACCGCGGCCUCGCCUACUGCCACAGCAAACUGGCCAACGUGCUCUUCACCCGGGAGCUGGCCAGGCGGCUGCAAGGCACAAGAGUCACAGCAAACGCUCUCCAUCCCGGUUCUGUCUAUUCUGAGCUGGUCCGGCACUCGUUUGUAAUGACUUGGCUGUGGAAGAUAUUCUCCUUCUUCUUGAAGACGCCUUGUGAAGGAGCUCAGACCAGUAUCUACUGUGCAGUAGCUGAGGAGCUGGACUCUGUGACAGGACAAUAUUUCAGUGAUUGCCAGCCAGCGUACGUAUCUCCACGAGGUCGGGAUGAUGAGAUAGCAAAGAAGCUGUGGAGCGUGAGCUGUGAGCUCCUUGGCAUCCAGUGGGACUGAGCAGCACCAGGAGUGUCCCUGGCUGGGCCCAGUGAUGCUUCUCCAGGGAACAGCACUGCUGAGAGGCCUCAAGAGUAAUGCUAAUACUUCAGCUGCUCUAAGGAUGGCUCCAUGGGCACAACUUAAUUUGAAUUUCUGGAAUAUUACACUUAAGGAUUGAGAUUUGUAAGCAAUUCUUCCUAGCUGGAGAAUUAGAGCACUGAUGCAGGAAGCAACCUGCUUGUUAUCUCACACAGCAGCUUGAGGCUGUGGUUCUCUGGCUUUAGAAUAGAAAGGGAGGUUGCAAUCUUAGGUUUAGAUUAUGAAGUAACAAGGAAUUACUUUAUUUAAAGUUUGGUUGAUUUUUUUCCUAACAGCAAUAAAAAAGGUAGGACUCUGAACUUAGGUUCUAUAAGAUUCCUUUUAGUUCCUACCCUUUGAACUGGCAGAGAAAAAAUACUUUAUUUAGAUUUUCUGGCAAUUUAUGCAAUACAAAUACUCAAACACACAGAAACAGAUCCCGGCCUUUUUGUGCCAAGCACUAGGUAAAGUUUUUACAUGGAAUCACUUUCUCUGCAUGCUCUGUAAGAAGCUGCACCCUAGCCACUGAGGUAUCUUGGCCCUAAAUACCCACUGAUUGCAGUAAGUUAACUGAGGGUUGGCAAAUCUGAGGACCCAGGUUUUGGUACAGGUGACUAGGAGGUUAAAAGCUGCAGGAAGGCUGCAAUUGUGCAUAGGCAAGUUAUUUAAAAAAAUCAACAUCUCUUGUGAAGCAUUGAACAAAGAUGGUGUAAAAGUUGUCACAGUAAACCCCCAGCUGCACUUGAAAUGACUUCAGGAACAUCUCAGCCAUGUUAAAAAAUAUUAAACAACUUCAGCUUUAAAUGAUACAAAACUCCCCAGAGCUAAACAGCUAAAGCAGGAGGCAGGAUUAUCUUGGUAUUAUGAUCAAGCUGGCUCCAAGACAUGAAGGUAAGACUUGCACAGAAAUCCUUGCAUUUGUCUGCCCAGCAGUUACUGGUUGCCAAGGCUGCCAGCCUGCCCAUGCAGGACCACACAGCUUGCACUUCCACAAAGCAGCUGGCUCAGGCCAUGUAGCACUGGGACUGCUGCCUUGGAGUCCAGUGCUACGUGAGUGCAAAUUGCUGGAGUGUGAUCCAUAAUCAGAGAUUAUUUCUGAAAGAGUUAAGCAGUCAGAAACCAAGUGCCACAGCUCACAGGAUUAUCUUCUGCUUCUGAAAAAAAAAAAACCUGGAAGUUUUUGGACUUGCAUAUGAGCCUGCCACUGUGACCAACUGCCAGUUUUGGAAAAUAAAUGCUAAUUUUAAUUCUUCCUGUCUGGAUGCUGUCUAUGCAGAUCAGUCCUGUGCUACCUCUGAGCAAUACUAAAUAAAGUAAUUUUCCUUUUACAACA